AAGAGUCUGCUUCCAGGCAGCAGCCAUUAUCAUCAGCGCAAACACACAACCCACCAUUUGUUACUAUUUCUCACCUUACAUCGUUUCCUAUUCAGUGAUACAUUGAUCUACGAGGUCAACAUUUGUGAGGGAAAUGGGCAGGAGCAGGAGUCGAACUCCUCCGAGGCGAGAGAGAAGGCGUUCCCGCUCAGCUUCACGGGAGCGUGAACGAAGGAGAAGAGAAAGGGAUCGCUCUCGUUCUCGAGAUCGGGACAGAGAGAGGCGGAGAAGUCGCUCACGAUCUCCUCACAGGAGACGUUCGAGGUCUCCUCCCAGACGUCACCGCUCCUCCUCUCCCUCCGAUCGACGUGAUGAUGACCGCAAAGACGCCAAGGAAAAGUCGAAGCCCAUUCAGAUCUCAGCGGAAGACAUGCAGGGCAAAACAGAAGAGGAGAUUGAGAUGAUGAAAAUGAUGGGAUUUGGAUCCUUUGAUUCCAGCAAGGGGAAGAAAACUGACGGAUCAGUCAAUGCAUACGCCGUUAAUGUGACCAUGAAGAGAAAAUACAGGCAGUACAUGAACAGAAAAGGUGGAUUCAACAGACCACUGGACUUCAUCGCCUGAAAGCACCAACAACUCAUUGCGAUAUCCAAGAAGCUUACCUCUGUUCUCUCCUCAUAGCUGUGGAUGAUACUGUGCUAUUUCCUAUUUUAAACCUGUUUUGUGUUAGGCAACAACGCUGUAUAUACUUUUUUUUUGUUUUGAAGUGUCUUCCAUCAGUACUCAGCUGUGGUUUAGAAUUGAUUUGUGUCAACUGUUGUUGAAUUUUGUUGUUGAGGUGUAUGGAGUUUUAUUUGAAAUAAAAGCAUUUUAAAAAUG